CGCUAUAUGUGUUAUAUUAAUCAUUGAUCCAGACGAAUGUGGAGUGAUUGGAGAUGGAAAGCACGUCAGAAACUGAUCUAGAGCCGUUAAAGCUGAAAUCUUUAAAAACCGACAAGACGUUUGUAAUACCGCACACAGAACGGUUGGGGAAAUGCAGGAGUGUGAAGGAGUUUGAGAAGAUGAACCGGAUCGGAGAGGGAACAUAUGGCAUCGUGUACCGAGCACGAGAUACAAGGACAAAUGAAAUUGUAGCCCUGAAGAAAGUGCGAAUGGAUAAAGAGAAAGAUGGGAUUCCCAUCAGCAGUUUGAGGGAGAUUAACUUGCUGCUCAGAUUGAGACACCCAAACAUUGUGGAGCUGAAAGAAGUGGUGGUGGGAAGCCAUUUGGAGAGCCUCUUUCUGGUGAUGAGUUACUGUGAGCAGGAUCUGGCCAGUCUUCUGGAGAACAUGCAGUCCCCGUUCUCUGAAGCUCAGGUGCGUUUGAUGAAUGCCCUCAUCUUCAGUCUGUGACAUAAAUCAGAAUAG